AUGGCUACCGCAGCGCAGAAAUCCCGUUUGGAAUUCACUUUGUCUACUGGCGAUAGAACCGCCAAUAACAACACCGAGUACUAUGAUCAGGUCACUGCCUUGUCCCAAGCUUUGAUCAACCGGAGCUUCCGCGACCUUUUUGAAAACACUAAAGGAAUCGCUGGGAUUGCUCACACAGGCAAAGAAGGCGACAGAAUCUUUGGAGAACUUGAUGCGCCUACGAUUAUGCUGAUAGGGCAUGUUGAUGACCCAAAUUUAGCCUACUAUCAGCUUCGCAUCAAAUCGGCCGAUGUCGUCUUUCGCAACGGCCAGACACGCACUCUCUCUCAAUGGGUUCUCAACCUCAAAGUAAACCUCGGUCAAGUGCCAGGCUUCAUAGUCGGCGACUAUCACGUUCAGCGGAUCUUCGCCAACUUUGCUGCCUCGGAAUGGGUAGCGCCUGUGGAGGGCACAAGCACUUGUUUCGACCCGAAAACCAAGACAACCAUCUCCCUUCAGGAAUGGAAAGAUCGACCUGAGAACUCGGACUACUUUUAUCGUAUCACCGGACUCAUCGGGGAGUGGGCUAAAACUGAGGCUCAUAAAGGAUUGUCAACCCUGGGUAUCAAGUUUUCUUUACCGCAGGAAGAAGGGCCCAUGCUACGUCAUACUCAAGUCUAUCCUUACAAGAGCCAUAGAAACCCUAAGGAGGUGACGAGUAUUGGAGAUUGCUCACGAGGAACUCAAGCUGAGCCGUACGGAGAUCUUGUGCAAGGUGACUUCAACUGCUUGACGUUCUGCGAAAACAUCGAUACGAGUUGGGACAUGCCCGGAAAGUCCAUUAAUCCCAUCGUUCGCUCCCUUCCCCUCGGAGGGAAACUGAGCCACCCAUGCAAUCUGUCAUUUCCUGUAUCAGAAGAUAACCUCAAGGCUCCUGACUCGUUAGGUACCUUCGCUAUGGACCAUAGGGUUGUCAUGGAUCGCUAUCUUCUCCCUACACUUGAGGAUCUAUGUCGCGCCACUGUGGUGAAGAUAAACGAUCCCGAGCGGAAGAUAGCGGCACCUGAAAUAUCAUUCCAACCGCGCUAUACCAUCGGUUCUCCGCCCCCCGAGCGGCAAUUGAAUAGCUCGCCUAAUGGCGGUAUCGAGUUUACGAAGAUGUCAGAAUGCCAUUAUCGAUGGAGAUGUGGCGAUAGUAAAGAAAAGAAGGGACAUCUCUACACCGAUGGUCCAUACAGUCUUCUCCGAGAUAGGUAUAACUCUUAUAAAAUCGAUACUGAGUCUGCAGUCGACGUCGAGUGGUCUCCUGGACAGCCGACCCUGGCUAUUUCAGCCUCCAUCUCAUAUAAGUAUGAUUGCGCCUUCGCGGAUCGUGAGGAUAUGACCGGACAUUGGGAUAGCGUUAAGUAUGAGGUCAAUGCUGCGGCAGCUUUCAGCCUGGGACUACAUAUUUCCAAUUCUACCAUAAUACCCAAGGUCAAGGGCAUCAGCAGAGCGGAUGUUGCAAAAAUCAAGGAUGGCUCUAUUAGUAGUCUAGAUGGCCUCAAUACGGUCUCAGAUGGUGACCUGAACGUCGUAUCAUAUCCCCAUAAUUCGACGGCAACGGGUAAAUGUACCGAUGACAGUGGUUCUGUCUUCAAGAAAGACCUUGAAACGUCACUCAGAUCGACGAUUUCUGAGUUCAUGGAACGAAUCAAUGAGCAUUUCAACGCUAGAGGGCAGCUAGUGCUCCCGGGGUAUGGAAAUCUGGAGAUGAAGAACCCCAGGUUCUCUAAGCUAGGAGGUAUCGUGGCAGACUUUGUUCUUAAGUCUACGGCGCCAGAUGGAACGAUAUCAUUUCCUGAACCUCGCGAUGACCCUACCUCGGGGGAGAAGCCAUCAGGUCAACACAACAUACCGACAGGUGUUACUGAGCCAAAAGACGAAAACACGCUUAAGCUCAAUUGGGAUUAUCAAGUCUCAUACAACCCAGCAACAAAAAUCGGCCGGUUGUCCUUGCACGCUAAGAACAACAAGAAAGAAGACUUGAGCUUCCAUUUCAUUCGCAUCAGCUUACUGACAUCGGCUUCGACCAGAACUCGACCAUUUGAUGAUACUGAAUGGAGUCCCUCACCCGAUGAUGGGGCACUGGAUAUACUCUACUCAAAUGGUGAAUAUGUACAUUCUACCCUGAACAAACAUCAAUCUGAAGAGUCACUGUCGGAGACUACGCUAAAGGGCAAUGUUUAUGAACUUAGUAGAGGAUCUGGGUGGCCUACAAACCUCCCUGCCCUGGAGGUCGCAGUCAAGACCGACAGAUCAGCGGGAGAGAUGCAGGCUUCUGUCCAAGGUUCCAAGAGCACUGGGUUUAAAGUACCAAAGGACCAAGAACUCAGUUUGGUGCUACAGGGCGACAUUCAGGAGUUGGGAAGAUACAAGAUGAAGAUAGCCGAGUCUUGGAAGAAAGUUCCAGGUUUAAAGUUUGGGGGAGAAGGAACUGCAAUAAGCUACAGGGAUAUCAAUAUUCAGCCAUGA